CACAGAUUAAAUCCAAAUCAAAGUUAGCCUAAAUUCCUCAUAAAUAUCCGCAAUUAUUGCGCGAUGUGUCUCCUUGACGACGGACCGGAACCGGAAGUACGGAAGAAAAAUGGCGAAGCGCCGAAUGAAUUAUGUGAGAAUCAGUCUGUGUAGCGGCUCCAGCACCUUAUUCUGAGUUUUUAAAGCACUUUUAUGCCUUUUAUUUUCUCGAUUUUGAUCCGUUUUGUACUCAGGGGAGGAUGAGUGCUGAGGCAGCUGACCGGGUGGCGGCUGUGACCAGCAGCCGCCCCAGCACGCCUCUUCAGGUGUCCUGGUUCGAGUUCCUCCUGGAUGGAAGCCUGCUGGAGAAACACCUGGAGAAAUCCACUCCUGACCCCACGCCGGUGCAGCUGAUCGUCCAGUUCCUGGAGCAGGCCUCCAAGCCCUCGGUGAACGAGCAGAAUCAGGUGCAGCCGCCGGCUGACAACCGCAGGAACCGCACCCUGAAGCUGCUGGCCCUGAAGGUGGCCGCGCACAUGAAGUGGGACCUGGACCUGCUGGAGAAAGGCUUGACCAUUCCUGUCCUGAACAUGCUGCUGAACGAGCUCCUGUGUGCCAGCAAAGUGCCACCGGGGGUGAAACAUGUGGACCUUGACCUCUCCACCCUGCCGCCCACCACCGCCAUGGCGGUCGUCAUCUACAACCGCUGGGCGAUUCGCACCAUCGUGCUCAGCAGCUUUCCGGAGAAGCAGACCAAACCGGGACCUCACCAGAUGAACAUGUUGAACGUGGUGCAGCAGGAGAAAGAAAUGACGGAGAACAUCCUGGCUGUGCUGAAGGAGCAGGCGGCCGACUCCAUCAGCGUCCUGGAGGGAACCCUGAAGCUGAAGAAGGACUUCUACGUGCACACGCUGAGGACGCUGGACCUACUGGCCGCCGACGCUGCCGCUGCCAACGGGGAAACUGAGUCCUCCACCGCCGGGCUUAGGAUCAGCGCCAACGAGCUCCACUGUCAGGUGCAUUACGACCUGGGAGGGAUCUUCUUCCAGCAGGGCUGCACAGACCAGUCGGCCUAUGAGAAGGCUCGAGACCACUUCAGGCAGACGAAGGAGCUCCUGAAGAAGCUGGAGGCGACGGUGCACGUUCACCUGGAUGAGAGGCGGCUGGCCGGCUACUGGGACGCCUGCAGGGCCCUGACGGGAGACUGCGACCCCUCAGACCCCCAGACCACCCAGUACGACCAGAUCAACAACCUCAUCCGAGCACACAACUUCCAGGCUGUCAUCGAAGCUUUCAUCAGAGACAACACGAGCCGCAGUUUACCUAAACACUUCAGACGGUCGGUUCUCCGGGAGGUCCUGUACAGAGUGCAACAGGGGGAGGUGGGUCUGGAGGAGGUUUGCCACAAAGUCUGCGUUUGCAACGCGGUGCGAGACGUGCUGGAGGGAGAAGUCCUCAGCGUGCGCUUUCAGCAGCUGCUCCUGAAGCCCAGCAGGCGGCUGGUGGACUUCAUCUUAGAGGUGAGCGCACGUUCUCUGGAGAGGGAGCGUCCUUCUGAGACAUCCAGAAGAAACAUGGCCCGUUUCAUGAAGACUCUGUGUGAGGGCUUGGAGGAGCUGCCUCUGGUGUUUGUGGUGUCGUCUCAUAAGCUGUUUGUGGAGCUGCUGAGGGAGGAGGAGAGGAAGGUCCUGGUGGAGGCCAUGAGGAAGCGCUCGGCCACCAUCAGCCUCAGCGCCAAACCGCUGCCGUCCUUCUACGACAUCCCUGCCUCGGCCUCGGUGAGCAUCGGGCAGCUGGAGCAGCAGCUCAUCCUGUCGCUGGACCCUCGCCGGAUCAGGCAGAUCCUGAUCGAGCUGCACGGCAUCGCAGAGCGGCCCUUCUGGAGGGUCAACAGCAAGUGGGAGGUUCCUCCGGACUACAUCAACGCCAUCCUGGGCAUCAAGGACAACCUGACCAGGGACCUGGUCUUCAUCCUCAUGGCAAAAGGGCUCCACUGCAUCUCCAUCAAGGACUUUGGCCACGGCAGGCAGCUGUUCUCCGCCUGCCUGGAGCUGGUCACCGAGUUCUCCCCGAAGCUGCGGCAGGUGAUGCUGAACGAGAUGCUGCUGCUGGAGGUGCGCGCCCACGAGGCGCUGGCGCUGGAGGGCAGCCGGGAGCGGCCGCCCCCCGACCUGGUCAGCAGGGUCAGAGGUUACCUGGAGAUGAGGAUCCACGAUGUGCCUCUGCGCCAGGUGGUGGGAGAGGAGUGCGUGGCCUUCAUGUUGAACUGGAGAGAGAACGACUACCUGACCCUGCAGGUGCCCUCCUCCCUGGUCAUGAACAACCCCUAUGUGAAGAUCGGCCAGCUUCUGGCCUCCACCUGCAAAGAGCUGCCGGGUCCCAAGGAGAGCCGGCGCACCGCCAAGGAGCUGUGGGAGGCGGCGGUGCAGAUCUGCAGCGUGUCGCUGCAGCACAAGCGGAGCAGCGACGGCCGGAUGGGGCUCAUCAAGCAGAGGGACUCGUCUCUGGGCAUCAUGCAGCGGUCGGAGCCGCUGGUGAUGACCACGCUCAUCUCGCUGUUCGUGAGGCUGCACAGCAUCGUCAGGGUGAUUCAUGGAGACCCCCAGAACGCUAACGCCACUCUUCCUCCUCCAUCUUCCUCCUCCUCAUCCAUCUUCUCCCCCCUCCUCCUCUUCCUCCCAGACGACAUAGUGAAUGAAGUGACCGCAGAGCACCUCUCCAUCUGGCCGUCCACUCUGCCAAAAGCUGACUGUCCCUGUGUGUGGAGCAGCAUUCAGGCCGUGGACGUGGAGGCAGUUGCCGUGACCGUCAAAGAGCUGGUCUCCUACGCGCUGACGCUCAACCCCAACAACCAGUCCUGGCUCGUCACGCAGGCCGACAUCUACUUCGGUGUGUGGCUCCGGCUCUGCCUGCAGGGGGGGGGUGGCGUGACCAACCAGUACUCUGCAGCUCUGAACUUCUACCUCCAGGCUGGAGCUGUUAGUUCAGACUUCUUCACCAAAGCAGUUCCCCCCGAUAUCUACACAGACCAGGUCCUGAAGAGGAUGAUCAAGUGCUGCUCCAUGAUGAACUGCCACACACAGGUCGCCGUUCUGUGCCAGUUCCUGAGAGAAGUGGACUACAUGACGGCGUUCAAAGCCCUCCAGGAGCAGAACAGCCACGACGCCAUGGACUCCUUCUACGACUACAUCUGGGACGUCACUAUCCUGGAGUACCUGACCCGUAUCCUCCCCAUGGGACCUCAGAACCGCCACCUGCUCCCUCUCAGCUCUUUGUGCCUCCUCAGCUGCUGCUCAGAUAUCCACCACAAACGGGGCGAGGCCGAGAAGAGGCAGAUAGCGGUGAGUCUGGGGGGCUGUUCCAGCCAGCAGCCGCUCAGAGGGAGGCUGGAGAGAGCUAGGGAGGGGGAACCGGGUCCAAAGAGGAGGGUUUCUGUUCAGUUCAGGAUUAAGGCCAUCGGCCAGACGGAGCUGAACACCAGCAACCCGGAGGAGGUCCUGCAGCUGGCCGCCCAGAAGAGGAAGAAGAGGUUCCUGCAGGCCAUGGCCAAACUCUACUUCUAGAGAGGGGGUCGGGGGG